CAAUAAUUGGUUUCAACAUUAUAAAUCAAAUAGUACUGUUUAUUGCAAUUGAUUGGAAUGAAAAAAUAAAUCAUCAAAUAAUAUGAAUACUAAUGGUUUAGAUUUGAAGAAGGAAUUUAUCGUAGGUUUUAUUUUUAAAAAAAGGAGUAGGUAGUAUUUUAGAGAUGCGUAUAUAACAUUCUAAAUCCACUUAUUGGGAAAAGAAUAGAAUAGAAUGCGAAAAAAAGUGCAAGUGAAUUAGAGUGCUACUCCAAAGAAAUUGUUACAGCAAAAUGAUUAAGAGUUGCACUUCUUUUCUCUCUCAAAUGUCUAUGAUUUAUGGAAGUAUUUAAGACUAUAAUGGAGAAAGUUUAAUCGAUGAUCAAUC